UCGUCACUUGAACGAACUAUUCAUUUAGGGUUUUCAUUGCUAUAAAAGCGAAAGAAAACCCUAAUCUCAUUUUCUUUAGUUUAUAGAGGAAGAGCGUGGCUGCUCGGAUCUUCACAUCUUCUCUUCCCUCGAAAAUGGUCACCUUCAAGUUUCACCAGUACCAGGUUGUUGGUAGAGCUCUCCCAUCGGAGUCCGAUGAGCAUCCUAAGAUUUACAGGAUGAAGUUGUGGGCCACAAAUGAGGUUCGGGCCAAGUCCAAGUUCUGGUACUUCUUGAGGAAGCUGAAGAAGGUAAAGAAGAGCAACGGCCAAGUUCUCGCUAUUAACGAGAUCUUUGAAAAGAACCCAACCAAGAUCAAGAACUAUGGUAUUUGGUUGCGUUAUCAAAGCCGAACUGGUUACCACAACAUGUACAAGGAAUACCGCGACACCACUUUGAAUGGGGCUGUUGAGCAAAUGUACACUGAGAUGGCUUCUCGUCACAGGGUUCGGAGUCCUUGCAUUCAGAUUAUCAAGACUGCCACCAUUCCUGCCAAGCUUUGCAAGAGAGAGAGCACCAAGCAGUUCCACAACUCAAAAAUCAAGUUCCCCUUGGUGUUCAGGAAGGUUAGGCCACCGACUAGGAAGCUGAAAACAACAUACAAGGCAACAAGGCCCAACUUGUUUAUGUAAUUCUCAAAUCAUUUGAUAAUUGAGGAGCCAAGGAGUCUAUUCAGAGGAUUUUUUUCUAGUAAUCUUAUUAGUUGUUUUCUUUACUGGAUAUGUUGAGAAAUUUAGACAAUUAGACCGAGUGAAGGUUUAUUCUUUCUUUGGCAUUUUGAAAUUCAUGUUUUGCAUACCUUCAA